AUGUUGCUGUACGUUACCAAUGGGACAAGACCUGACAUGAGUUUUGCUCUCAGUUAUCUCAGUAAAUUCUUGGCCAACCCCAAGAGGAAGCAGAUGGCUGCAGUGAAAUACCUAAUAAGAUACCUAAAACACACCUGUGACUAUUGCACAGUAUUCAGGAAGAAUGGGAAGGAGGCACUGAUUUUUUCUGAUGCUGACUUUGCGAACAACAAGGUGGACAGAAAAUCGUUCAGUGGACUGGUGGUGUGUAUUGCUGGAGGACCCGUGGAGUGGAGAAGCAAGAAGCAAACGGUGGUUGCUACGUCCACACAACAGGUGGAGUACAUUGCUAUGGCUGUUGCUAUGCAAGAAGCACUGUGGCUAUGUGGUAUAUUGAGGGAGAUCAAUGCAAGUGAUCUUAGCAUAGUGCCAUGGAUCCUUGCUGACAAUACUGCAGCUGUCAACCUUGCUGAGAAGGAUAUUGUCAAUGAUAAUUCCAAGGGCGUGGAUGUGAAGUAUCACUUCAUAAAGGAUGUGGUAAAGAAGGGAUUGGUCAAAUUGCAAUAUGUGGCAUAUCAUGACAAUCAAGCCAACCUUCUUACCAAGGGUUUGACCGGGAGAAAGACACAGGAGUUUUGUGCAAGAAUUGGACUUAUCAUUCCUAAUAACAGUCAGAGUCGUGCCAAAGUUCUCAGUUUGUACUUCUGA